UAAAAAUAAAUACAUUAUUAUUAAUUAUGUUUUUGUAAAUUGAAUUAAAUACAUAUUUAGAAUGUUUUAGAUUAAAAUUAUAGUUAUGUAAGAUAUAUUUCAUAUUCGUUGUAAAAUAAAUUAAAUAACUGCAUUUAAACAUAAACAAAAAUCAGAUCUUAAAAUUCUAACAAAGUAAUCUCCAAUAUCAUAUCAAAAACCGUAAUAAAUAUAAUAAUUAAAAUAAAUAUAAUAAUUAAAAAAAUUAUAUUUUUAUUUAAAUUUUAUUAAUGUAAUUAAACUUUAAAAUUUUUUUUUUAAUUUUUAUAUUUUGUAUUUUAUUUUUUUAAUUUUUUGAAUCACAUGUUUGAAUAUUUAUAAUGUAUUUAUAUAUAAUUAAAAAAUAUCUUUUAAAAAUUUUAUCGUUUAAAAAUCAAUUCUAAUAUCGAAAUAAAAGACAUAAAAAAUAAAAUAAAAAAUAUCAAAAGCUUUUUUCAAAUUAUAACAAUUUAAUAUUAGAAUGUAUAUUAAAUUUAAUAUAUUAAAUUUUAUAUAUAAGUAAAGCUAUGACAAACAUAAGCAAUAUUGUUUCAUUACUUAAUUAUAGUGUUUAGUAAAAAUUUUAAAAACAACAUAUCAUCUUAAAAGCAUAAUUGAUUAUUUCGAAUCUUUGAAUUUAUUUUAUUUAACACAUUUAAUUUGGCGUACUUUUUUAUACAAAAAUAUAUUUUUCAUAAUAUUUUUGAAUUGUAUCAUAGAUUAAAUAUAUUAAUAUAAUAAUUUUAAUAUAAUCGUAAUAUAGUUAAUAUAGAAGCUUUCAUAUAAUUUGUUAUCCGAAAAAGUUUAUUUAAAACAAAUUAUUGUAUAUUUUAUAAAAUUGGAUAAUUGUACAAUACUAUUUAAAAAUAUAAAAGAUAAAUCGUUAUAUAUUCGUUAUAUAUCAUUACAUUCAAUUUCUUUAAUUAUCGAAAAUCAUAGAAAUAAAUCAAAACGCAUUUCAUAAAAUUUCAAAUUUGAAAAAAUUAAAAAUAUAUUUUCUUUUUUUCAUAAGAUGAAAAUAAAUCCUUUUAUUUAAGAAUAAAAUUUUUUUGAAUUGCUUUUAUUUGUUUAGUAUUUUUCGCAAUUAAAUUUUGCUUAAAAAUAAUAAUAUUAUUGUUUUAAAUUAAAUUUUUAAAAUAUCUCUAAAUAAGAAGUUAAGUUCAGAGAAACUUCGUCAUAUAUAAAUUAUAUUUGAAUACAUAUUAUUAAUAUCACAUAUUUUGUAAUAUUGAAAAUUAAAAAAAUUAUUGUCUAUUACAUUAUUUCUAAUAAAAAAAAUCAUAGCAUUUAUAAUUUUUCAUGCUAUUCAUGUAAAAUUCCAAUGUAUGCAAAUAAGUAUCUAUAUUUCAGAAAAAAUUUUCUUUAUAUUAUUUUCUAACAUAUUAUUUUAUUAACUAAGUCUAAAAUUUGAUUAAUUUUCAAGAAAUAUAGAAAAUUGUAAAUGUAUGUGAGUGUGUUGUGUAUAUAUAUUUUUUCUACAUUAAAUGAGAAUGAAAUAAAUAUGAAUUUAAAAUAAUUUAUAUUUUAAAUUUAUAAAAAUAAUGAUCUUUCAAAUAAAGUAAGUCAGUUAAAAUAAAUAUAUUCUGGCUUUUGUAAAAUCGAAACCGGUUUAAUAAAAUGGUUAUUCUAUAUGCACCAGAUGUUCAUCUUGACUGACAACGUACACAAUUGCUUUUUACCGGCUUUUUAUAUGGGAUUUCAUUGCAAGUAAUUGAUAUAGCAAAGGACUGCUGUAAUUGGUUGACAACGAAGUGGUGGGAAAAUACAUGAACGAAGUUCACUAUAUAACCGAGUUCUAGGUUGUAAAAUAUACAUUUGAGAAAUCUUUCGUGCAGAAGUAAAGUUUCAUCAUGACUGGUCGUGGAAAAGGAGGAAAAGGAUUGGGAAAAGGAGGAGCAAAGAGACAUAGAAAAGUACUUCGUGAUAAUAUUCAAGGUAUCACGAAACCUGCUAUUCGACGUUUAGCUAGACGAGGUGGUGUAAAACGAAUUUCUGGUUUGAUUUACGAAGAAACUCGAGGAGUACUUAAGGUAUUUCUUGAAAAUGUUAUCCGUGAUGCUGUUACAUAUACUGAACAUGCAAAAAGGAAAACUGUAACUGCUAUGGAUGUAGUUUAUGCUCUGAAGCGUCAGGGAAGAACACUUUAUGGAUUUGGUGGUUAAAUUCUUCCAAUUUCCAAUACAGUUUCAAACAAAACGGCUCUUUUAAGAGCCACAAAAUAUAAACGAAAGAGUAUCUUUUAAAACUUAUUAUUUAAUAUUAUUAAAUUUAAGUUUUUAUAUAUUUUAAUAUACAUUUAUUUCAAAAUAAUUCAAUAACGAAGUAUUAAAUGUAUUAAUUUUAAAGAUAUAUAAUAAAAUUUAAUUUUCGUAAUUUAUUAAUUUAUCUUUUUUGUGUACAUAUAUGUAUACAUAUAAUAUGAUUUACUGUAAUUUUGAAGUAAAAAAUGUAUGUAGUUUUUAAUUUGUAAAUUUUUAAAUAUAUAUUAAUAAAACAGCAAUUUUGUAUCACAA